AUUUUUAAUUGAGAUUGAGAACAUAGAAUGAGGGACCAAACAUAAUCUCUCCGGUUCUUUUCAGCUGCCUACAAUUGUAACUUUGGUCCCUGAAUCGAAGAAACGCGACUUGUUCAGCAUAUCGCGAAAAGCUACUUCAUACUCGCUUGCGUUCAAUUUACAAAUAUAGUGAUACCUGGAAAUAAAACUGACAGAGAACACAGAAAACCCAACAGCGAGGGCUCUCGUUUAUUGUCAGUUGAACACAAAGAACCGAGAGAAAUUUGUCCCCUUUGAGGCUUUGUUCAUGUAGCUCCAUUUCAGAGUUUAAUUUAUCUUCGGUGCUUCUUCCAGGCGUUCACUGAAUGUCGGACGACAUGGCGAAUUCGCAGAAUGUCGAGCUGGAAGCAGCAAAGUUUUUGCAUAAACUUAUCCAGGAGUCCAAGGACGAACCUAAUAAAUUGGCGACGAAGCUUUAUGUGAUCUUGCAGCACAUGAGAUCUAGUGGGAAAGAAAAUUCAAUGCCAUAUCAAGUCAUAUCAAGGGCUAUGGAAACUGUUAUCAAAGAACAUAAUCUCGACAUUGAAAGUCUAAUGUCUUCGCGUCUUCCUGUAGCAUCUGGGACUCAAAUUGGAGAUUCUGCAUCAUCACAAUUAGGCGGGACGUCUCAGCAGGCAGGGGCUGCCAAGGACUCUAAACCAAGCUUUCAAGGCAAUGAGAUGGGCACAUCUGGCCCAUCAGGUGGUGGAUCUGACUUAUAUCAAGGUUCUGCAGCCAAUCCACAUGAGUCAAAGAGUAGAUUGAUUUCUCCCAAGAUCAUGAUCUUGCAUUGGUCACUUAUGUUGUUCGAAGAAUAUGCUUUCCUAUUCCAACCGCAAUUUGGUGGUUCUGUUAAGGUUCUUGCUGUGGCCCCAGGCUCUUCUUAUUUACCUGCAGAAUCAGCUAACAAGAUGCAAUUUGGUAACACUCCCUUUGAUAGCCAAGGUUUCACUGCAAAGACAUCAAAGGACAGAAGCAUGGAAGUGUUCCCUUCCAUUCCGUCAGGCGAUCAUUCAGCUGGCAAAAGUGUAGCUGGGAAGACAUUGGAUCAUAUUGGUUCUAGCAUGGUAUCAAAUGCAAAUAAGGGUUAUUCCCCGAGCAAUCUUCCAGAACCAAACAUACCUAGAGCGAGUGGUACUAGGGAUACUGGGAAAUCUCCUAUUUCUCAGGCUUCUAGCCCAGGCCGUCUAUUUAACGAUCAACAGCUAAAACAGCUCAGAGCCCAGUGUCUUGUGUUUUUGGCUUUUAGAAAUGGUUUGAUGCCGAAAAAACUUCAUCUUGAUAUUGCUCUUGGAAAUAUUUAUGCCAAAGAAGAUGGAUCUCGCAGAGAGUUUGUCGACCAGAGAGAGAAGGAGCAACUUAUUAAUGAGCCAAGUAGUGGUCCACAAGCCCUGAGGGCCCUGGAAAGACCAGAUGGUGGUAAGGGUCAGUCUUCUAUCUUGAAUUCCUAUCCAUCAAAAGAAGCCGUACCUGCUAAAUUGUCAGAGGAGAGAAGCAGUCUACCUGCCAUUUCAGCUGAAAAUGAUCAGGACAGGAGAAGUUCAGUUGCAAGAGGGAAAACUGAACCUGCAUUUCUUACUCACGAAGCCAAAGAAUUACAUGCAUCUGCACAACUAGAACCAUAUGAACAAUCAAAGUUCGAGGAGAGUGGCGGGUCUGGAAAUGGAUUUCCUAGUGAUAUUCAUAAGUUGCCAUUAUCAACCAAUUUUGGAAUGAAUGACGUGGGUUUAUACAGAAAGGAUGAUGCCAAAAGUGGCACUCAAAAUAAUCUGGAUAUGAAUUCUCACGGCAAGUUAUAUUCCGAUAAUAAGUUGCCGAGUAUUCAAGUGAAGGACCAAUGGAAGCCAGUUGCAGGAAUGAGUGGCCAAAAUCACCCUGCCAUUCCAUUAAAAGAUCCCAAUAUAAUGCUGCAAAAUGUUUCACAAGCUGAUCAACUGAAAGAUGAUUAUAUGCUUAAAGUGUCAGGGGCAGAUCAGGAAGAGGAUUAUAUGUCAAUAUCAACUGAAAGGCAACCUUCUCCAAAACAUACCACCAUUGAAAGGUGGAUCUUGGAUCGCCAGAAGAGGAAAGUUCUUGUUGAGCAGAAUUGGGCUCAUAAACAGCAGAAGACAGAACAGAGAAUUGCUUCUCGUUCUGAAAAGCUAAAGGAAAUUGUUAGCUCUUCAGAAGAUAUCUCUGCAAAAACCAAAAGUGUAAUUGAACUGAAAAAGCUUCAGUUGUUGGAGUUGCAGCGACGACUUCGGAGUGACAUCUUAAAUGACUUUUGCAAACCAAUAGCCACCGAAAUGGAUAGAUUGAAAUCAAUUAAGAAGCACAGAAUAGGUAGGAGAUCGAAACAAAUUGAAAGAUAUGAGCAGAGAAUGAAGGAGGAGCGGCUGAAGAGGAUUAGAGAAAAGCAGAAGGAUUUCUUUAGUGAACUAGAAGUCCACAGAGAAAGACUGGAAGAUGGGUUUAAAAUUAAGAGAGAGCGCUGGAAAGGAUUUAAUAGACAUGUGAGGGAAUUCCAUAAGAGGAAGGAAAGAUUUCAUCGCGAGAAGAUAGACAGGAUCCAACGUGAAAAGAUUAAUUUAUUGAAAAUUAAUGAUGUCGAAGGAUAUCUCCGCAUGGUUCAGGAUGCAAAAUCUGAUCGGGUUAAACAACUACUGAAAGAGACUGAAAAGUAUUUGCAAAAGCUUGGGUCCAAAUUAAAGGAUGCUAAGACAAUGGCGAGACACUUUGAGAGUGACAUGGACGAGAGUAAAGGGGCAUUUAUUGAGGAGAAUGAAGAUUCUGUUGAGAACGAAGAUGAAAAAGAUCAGGCGAAGCACUAUUUGGAAAGCAAUGAGAAGUACUACAUGAUGGCACAUAGGUAUCAAAUGAAUGGACUGAGAUGGUUGGUUUCACUUUAUAAUAACCAUUUGAAUGGCAUACUAGCUGAUGAAAUGGGCUUGGGGAAAACUGUUCAGGUUAUAUCUCUAAUUUGCUACCUAAUGGAAAACAAAAAUGAUAGAGGACCUUUUCUAGUGGUCGUACCAUCGUCUGUUCUACCUGGAUGGGAGUCGGAGAUCAAUUUCUGGGCACCGAGCAUCCACAGAAUUGUUUAUUCUGGUCCACCUGAUGAACGUAGAAGAUUAUUCAAGGAACACAUUGUGCACCAGAAAUUCAAUGUUCUUUUGACAACAUAUGAAUAUUUGAUGAACAAGCAUGAUCGACCGAAGUUAAGCAAAAUCCAGUGGCAUUAUAUCAUUAUUGAUGAAGGGCAUCGCAUUAAGAAUGCUUCCUGCAAGUUAAAUGCUGAUUUGAAACAUUAUCGUAGCAAUCACAGAUUACUUUUGACUGGAACUCCACUGCAGAAUAAUCUUGAGGAACUUUGGGCACUGCUUAACUUUUUGUUGCCAAACAUCUUUAACUCAUCUGAUGAUUUUUCUCAAUGGUUCAAUAAACCAUUUGAGAGCAAUGGUGAUACUUCACCAGACGAGGUAAGUUCUGGAAUGUCUUAUGCUGUCAGGGCUUUGCUGUCCGAAGAGGAAAAUCUUUUGAUCAUAAACCGUCUUCACCAAGUUCUCCGACCAUUUGUACUUAGAAGAUUAAAGCACAAGGUUGAGAAUCAAUUGCCUGAAAAGAUCGAAAGACUUAUUAGAUGUGAAGCUUCUGCAUAUCAAAAGUUAUUGAUGAAGAGAGUCGAAGACAAUCUUGGUGCAAUUGGAAGUUCGAAGGCUCGUACUGUGCAUAACUCAGUUAUGGAACUGCGGAAUAUAUGCAAUCAUCCAUAUCUAAGUCAGCUUCACGUGGAAGAGGUUCAUGAUUUGAUUCCGAAGCACUAUCUUCCUAAUAUUGUGAGACUUUGUGGGAAGCUUGAGAUGUUAGACCGGUUAUUGCCCAAACUAAAGGCCACAGAUCAUCGGGUUCUUCUUUUCUCAACAAUGACUAGAUUACUUGAUGUGAUGGAGGACUAUCUUUGCUGGAAACAAUAUAAAUAUCUCCGAUUAGAUGGUCAUACUUCAGGGGGCGAUCGUGGAGCCCUUAUUGAGCAGUUCAAUAAUCCACAUUCUCCAUACUUCAUAUUUUUGCUCAGUAUCCGAGCUGGGGGUGUUGGUGUGAAUCUCCAGGCUGCUGACACCGUUGACCUGCAAGCACAAGCUAGGGCUCAUAGGAUUGGGCAAAAAAAGGACGUUCUAGUGCUUCGACUAGAAACUGUCCAAACUGUCGAGGAACAAGUUAGAGCUUCUGCUGAGCACAAACUUGGGGUUGCUAAUCAGAGUAUAACUGCUGGUUUUUUCGACAAUAAUACAAGUGCUGAGGAUCGAAGAGAAUACUUGGAAUCUCUUCUGCGGGAGUGCAAGAAAGAGGAGGUUGCACCUGUUCUAGAUGAUGAUUCUCUUAAUGAUGUUAUAGCGCGCAGUGAGGCAGAAAUUGAUAUUUUUGAGUCAGUUGAUAAAGAGAGGCGAGCACAAGAAAUGGUUGCAUGGAAAAAUAUGUUUGGAGGAGAUGGUUUGGAGAAACCUGAGCAGAUUCCACCUCUGCCUUCUCGACUUUUAACUGAAGAUGACUUAAAAUCAUUUUACGAGGUCAUGAAGAUCUCCGAAACACCGACACCUAGCGUAGUACCUAACCCUGGAGUGAAGAGGAAGAGUGGGUCUAUAGGAGGCCUCGAUACCCAACAAUAUGGAAGAGGCAAACGUGCUAGGGAGGUGCGCUCUUACGAAGAGCAAAUGACAGAGGAAGAAUUCGAAAGAAUGUGCGCAUUCGAGUCUCCAGAUUCCCCCAUAGUGAAGCAAGAAACCACUGGGCAAACAUCGGUGGCUGUUGCCUCAAGCAGCCCGACUUUGGUCAUGGGUGGGACGCAAGCACUGGCAGCACCUCAACUUCUUCAACAUCCAAAAGUCGAGCCUAAUACGACUCUGCAAAGCAAAGCGGUUGCCCCUAUGCCUGCGCCUACGCCUACUCCUCCAUCUAAAAGGGGACGUGGGAGGCCGAAAAGGGUCGUGGUUGAACCCUCCCCACCGCCUCCAUGUCCUCUGCCUUUGGGGUUCGAAAAACCAGAGGAGGUCCCCAAGGUUGAAACUAAGCCUGUGGAACCUGGCCUGAGUUCUUUACCUAGCAAUACGACUUAUGUUAGCAGUGUCAGUGAUGUCGGUGUGCAAGAUUCAAAAAUGAUUCCUACUACUGCAACUAACUCCGUGCCAGCUAUUCCUCCUCCAGUCACACUCACAGUCACGCCUGUCUCCCAAAUUACUCCUGUUUUAUCCACAUCGUCUGGGCGGGGCAGAGGACGGGGUCGAAAAUCCCAAACAGUUGGAGAAACUCCUACUUCAAGGCGCCGAGGAAAAAUACAGCCCGUAACAUUACAACCUGUCCCAGUGACGCCUUCUGUCGCUAGUGAUAAACUCCCCAUAGGAGACAUUACUCCUAGCUCGUCUUAUCCUGCAAGCACUAGUGCCGUUCAAGUGGACUCCGUUGUUAAAGAAGUUGCCAGUGAAUUGAGUUCAGCUUCACCUGUUUCUGUGGCACCAUUGGCUGCGCCUGCUUCUGUGGUUCCCACAACUUCAGGCUUAAGUCCAGUUGGCGUGAAGUCACAGCUAGGGGUCCAGCCUGGUUCUGUAGUGGCUUCUGCUCAUGUUUCUACAGUUCCGGUGUUGGUGGCGAGUGCUAAUCAGCCAAGUUCCACCAUCGUGUCAACAUCAAGUCCUCAAGCUGGCACUUCAGUAGUCCCUGGUGUUCUUGUUGCACCAUUUCCUUCUCCCUCUGUAACAGGGCAAGGGCGAGGCCGUGGCCGAGGCCGAGGGCGAGGACGUGGCCGAGGUCGAGGGCUUAAUACUGCUCCUAGUCAAGAAGAGACGACGCCACUCCAGCGUAGGCGAAGGAGGCAGGAGCCUGCAGUGUCCGUUGUUCCUGGUGCAGCAACUGGUCAGGACUUGGCAUCGAGUGAACCUCCACAGAAAAGAACUCGAGCGUCUGGUGGGCGGAAGGACGUCACAGUAAGUGAGAGGGAUCAACAAUCGACAAUCGCAAGUCAAAAUAUUGGAGGUCCUGCUGCUGAUGACCAAGUUCCAAAAGGUAAAGUCAUGGGUGAAGAAAAGUUUGCGGAUCCUCCCCAAGAGCGAACUAAAAAUGGAAAAGAAGAGAAGAACCCUGCCAAUGUGAUAAAUUCCAACUUUACUGAUGGUUUGCCACCAGUGUUGAACUCGAAUUCACCAGCUAAAGAAUCUAUUAACAAGCAAGUGUCCGUUAGCGAUGAUCCUUGUGGGGAUGGUUCUCUUGUUUCAGUCCCCGUGGUGUUUGGAAGUGAUAUUGAACAUAGAACAUCUGAAGACUCACAAUCUUUACUACUAAUGAAUAGCAGCUCUAUUGUGAUGGAUAAAGAGCAAGUUCCUGAUAAAUCUACUGUUGAGGCUGCAGCUACACCCGGAUCAAUGCCUAUUGCUGGUGAAAAUGAAGAUGGAAAGAUUGAUGUACUUGUGAAAAGCACAAAUAUGGAUGAACUUCCAGCAUCAGAUAAUUUGUUGAAGAGCUCAACUGAUCAAGUUUCCUCUAGCUCAAUCCCUGAAUUAUUUGAUAGGGAAAAGACUCCAGUUGCAGCUGAAGUUUCCCAGAGCAACCCUGUUGAGGCGGCCAAUGGGCAGGUUCUGCUUGGAUCAAUGCCUUUACCUGUUGAGACAGGCCAGUGUGCAUCUUCUUGUGUAAAGGAAGGGGACAAAAUUGUUGAGUCUUCUCAAAGGCCUAAUCUGGAUGAACCUUCAGCUUUGGUCAAUAACUCUUCCAAGAUGGCAAAAAACAUUGAUAAUGAAUCUGGAGAAGAAGUGCAAAAGGAUGAGCAUGAAAACAAGGCAACUAAAGUUGAGGCACCUGUUUCGACUGCUGCUGAACUUGAUGUGAAUAUUUCUGCUGUGGCCACCUGCCCCGAUCCUCCUGGCAGUGUUACAAAGGAAGUAUGCAGUGAACCGAAUUCAGAUUCACUCAAUGCUUUGGCAUCAUCUGCUUCUGGCAAUGUUGAUGUUGGGUCACAAGGAGCCUUGGCUAGUCCUUCAGAAACUGGUAUGGUAGCUGUGGGAAGUGUCGAUCAGCCAGAAUCAACUCUCAAAGCAGUAGAUCAAGAUAUUGUAGAAUCAACACCCAAAGCAGUAGAUCAAGAUAUUUCAGAUUCAACACUCAAAGCUGUAGAUCAAGAUGCAGAAUCAGCACCGAAAGCAGUAGAUCAGGAUGUUGCAGCUCUUGAUGUGGAGCCUCUGGUUAAAGGCAAGGAUCAAAGCGUUGAAGUCCCCGCAGCAAAACCUUCUGAUACAUUGCCAUCAUCCUCGACUUUGAAUCCAACAGUCGUAGCCUCUAUCUCUCUGGAUUUCAAUUCAGGUACUCAGUCAACGGGACGAGGCGGAGAAUCUAAUGAUAAUGAUAAGGCCUGUGGGAAUGAUAGUUCGUUAGCAUCAACUCCUAUGGUAUCAGCAAGUGAUAGCUUCGCGGCAUCCGAAGAUUCUCAAUCUUUACAUGCAGGGGACAAAUCUGUUGAGGUUGUAAAAGAGCGAGGUUCAAAUGAAGCUACUUCUGAGGCCGCAGAACAUGAAUCAACGUCUCCUGCUGAUAAUUUAUUACAGGGAGCCACUGAUAACGUGGUGCCACAUCAAGGAGUUUUAAAUGACAUUGCUUCUAGUGGUGCUAUUACUGGUCCUGUGGCUGUGGAGAGUGUUGACGUGCCAGAUUCUGGCAUUGUGCCUUCCGAGAGUGCUCAAGUUACCGAUCAAGAUGACAUGGUUUCUAGUGAUGCUAUUACUAAUCCUGUGGCCGUGGAGAGUGUUGAUGUGCCAGAUUCUGGCGUUGUGCCCUCCGAGAGUGCUGAAGCCGCUCCAGAUAUUGUGCUUGCUUCUGUGGAUCAAGCUCCCAAGGAUACCGACAUCGACAAACCAAACAAAUCGGACGAUUCUUAUCCGGAACAAGAUGUGAAUGGAGAAGAAGGCAAGGGACUCGCCGAUUCUAAAUUAUCCGAAUGCUUGACUCUCGAGGACUCCAAGGCACCUGAAAAUCCAUCUGAAGACAUGCCUGGGAAGGAAUCUGGGAAGUCACCUGCUGAGGAACAGGCUGAAAAAGAAAAUGAAGAAAUUGUGCGUCCAAAUGAUCCGUCUGACGUGGCAGAAAAUAUCCUGUCCGAUGCGCCUGUGGAUGCAUCUACAGUCGAAAAAGUAGGUGGAGAGCAAAACUGUGGUGAGGGAGACAAGGAUGAUAAAGGAGGCAUGGAUUUGAAGUCCGAAUCAGAUGAAACUCCGGUUGUGUUGGAAGAGUCUGUGAAUCGUGAGGAGGUGCAGCCCCAAACAACUGGGAGUGGAGAUUAGAGUGUGGUUGUUAGCCUUUUACUAGUGUUUAUGUGUAUUAAUAUAUAUGUUUGUGUGUGGAAAUCUUUUUUUUUUUUUUGGGUUGUGCUACUUAGUAUGGUAAUGCCAAUUGACUGGGUAUGGCGAAACUUGUGGGAAGCUAUUUUGUACUUAUGCCAUUUAUAUAGGCUAUUUAGAUAAUAAAAUAGGAUUGUGACAGCAGCUAAGUUUGCGUUUGACCUACUCUGAUCUUUUCACUAUAUUUACUGUUUAAUUUACCAGUUCUUACACAACCUUCUCGCCAAACCCCUCGUUCAACGUGUAGCAGUGCACGUACUCCGCAGCUAUAUAAUAGCAACACGAAAGCGCGAUUUCGUACAGAAGAAUCCUUUUUUCGGCACUAGCUGGAUU